GACUGCCUCACUUCUGGCUCUGGGCUUUCUAAUAGGCCCACGAAAUUCCUUUUCCCUCUCCUUGCUCGCCCGCGCCAGCGCCGAGAUAUCCCCCAAUUUAGGGUUUGAUCUCUGCCCCGCUCUUCUCCAAUUUUGAAUCAGGAAGAAGGAAUCUUGCGGUUCCUGAAGCUUUCUUCUCCCUCCUUAGGAUCAUAUUAGGGUUUCCUAUUUCAUCGAUCGCUCGGACUCCGACUGCGAAUUAAUAAGAAGAGAAGAUGAAUCCUCUUACGUUGGUGAAGCGCACUCAGAAGAUAAAUUCGACGGAGGCGGCGUUGGGAAUCUCAGAGGACGCAUCAUGGCAUGCAAAGUACAAAGAUUCCGCUUACGUUUUCGUCGGUGGGAUUCCGUACGAUCUCACUGAAGGCGACUUGCUCGCCGUUUUCGCCCAGUAUGGGGAGGUCGUCGAUGUUAAUCUUGUUAGAGAUAAAGGUACUGGAAAGUCUAAAGGUUUUGCUUUCCUUGCUUAUGAGGAUCAGAGAAGUACAGUUCUUGCUGUAGAUAAUUUGAAUGGGGCGAAGAUUCUUGGUCGAAUUGUUAGAGUUGAUCAUGUGACUAAAUACAAGAAAAAGGAGGAAGAAGAAGACGAUGAGAAGGCACAACAGGAGAGAGAGAAACGAGGAGUUUGUCGUGCUUUUCAGAAAGGAGAAUGUACUCGAGGAGCUUCUUGCAAAUUUUCUCAUGACGAACAAAGAAAUGCAAACACAGGCUGGGGUCCCCAAGAUACAGAUUCAAGAUGGAACCAUGAUAGGUAUGACGGUCCUCCAAAGAGUCACAAGAAUUUGUCACAAAACACCUCAGAUAGAGAUAGCCGACGCACCUCCGGAUCAGAACCCAAUAGAGAUAGAAGAACAAGGGAUCAAGAGGGACACAGAGGCGAGGAAAAGUCAGAAACAAGGUCCGACUCAAAACCAGAAGAGUAUGAUGAUAGAAGAAAAAGGGAUAAACACUCAGAAAGGUACAGGUCUGGGCGUGAUCGAGUUGAUGAUUUGGAUCGUAGAAGAGAUGAUAAGCGAUCAAGGCAUGAAGAGGGACUAAGAGAUGAUAAGCGAUCAAGGCAUGAUCGUCCCUCUUCACCGCGUUAUCAUCGAUGAAGAAGAUAGGAUUUGAACAGAAAAUAUUUCCUCUCCGUCCAGGCCUUACAU